UGAUCUGCGCACCUGCGAGCAGCCGAAUGAGUCCCCAUCUUUAGUGAAGUGAGUUCAGAACAAAUGAAUGUAUGCGAAGUAGAUUUCACAUAAAAACGUUAUAUGUCCGAACUCAGAAGAAAAUAUGGUUCGCAUAAAUAAUAUGUUUACUGUGGUAGAACGUUUAUUUUGAUUGGCGAUAGUCUGUAUUCAUCAGAGUACUGUCAGUUGUAGACAUAAUUAUUAGGGGUUAUCGUUCGUUGCAAUGCAUGUAAACGUUUCAAUUGAACUAUUCUAUUAAUCUGACGAUAAACAAUAACACCAUUAUUGUGUGCAUGUAACCGUACUCAGUGAUGAUGGUCUAUUUAGAAAUGAGGUAGCUUAUGCUUAACUUCGUGUUUGAGGGUAUUCAAAAGUGAAACUUUUCUUUAUACAAUGUGUGUGGAGGGCCAUCCAUUUUCAUUUCAGAGGCCCGAUGUAACGCUUAAUAUAGAUAACGUUCACUCUCUAAUCCUAUGCCAAAUACAAGGAAGGCAUUGCAUUUCAUUAGCUACAUUGUGAAUAAUAACUCCACUAACUAUUAAAUAACCAAAUUACCAUCAAUAUAUACUUUACCCUCUCAGCAGUUAGGAAGUAAGAAAAUAUGUGUAAGGUAAACUCAGCUCCCUUUUCCGGUCGCAUUUUCUAAAUAAUAGUCAAAUGAUCUGAUCUCGAAACAGUACAUAAAAAUCAUCGCAUAUUCUCAUUUUAUAAAUAUUGCAUUCCUGAUUAUGAUUUGAAAUAAAAGGAUUGAAGGUGGAGAAAUGUUCUUUAUCAUAGAGAAAAUACCUCCUAAAGAAACAUGGGACUUUUAUUUUGACAUAAAGCAGCAGGACCGUUUACGGAAGUACGCGUUCUUCGCCGACGAUGAAGAAGAAGCCGAAAAGGUGUUUUCUUUGCCUGCUAGGAUAGCUAACUAGCUAGUAUAUUUAUUAGAUAAGUAAUUCCUUCCCUUCCUCUUCAUAACAACCCGAAGCAAGAAGUUCUUUGGAGGUGAAAUAUGGAACCCCCAUUUCCUCUGCUCUCCCUGGGUGUCCUGGUCCCUCCUUUCCGGAUGAUGUCAGCACUCAUGUGGCAGGUGGUGCGCCUGGGCAACAUAAGUCAGUAUGGGAAAUUGGAGGAGUUUGUUUCCAUGGUCACAGAGGCGGUUCCAGAUCUCCUGUCCAACAGACAGAGGUGGCUGCUGACCCUGGCACUCAGAGGACGGGUGAGUCUACAGCUAUUAGGGUCUGGACAUCCUGAUGACCUCAAGGCUGUUCAAACCCACCUGGAUAGAAUCACAGCAUCUGGUCUCAAACAGUCAAAUGAUGCCGCGAUUGAAUUUGCUGAAUCCAACUUCCUGAAGCUGAUCCAGAGCCUAGUGGAAGACCCAGAUAGGAGGGAACACUUCUUCAAGGUUGUGUUCCCCGUGGAGUAUGGACCGAGCUUUGACUCGGCGCUGCAGACUCUGGUGUGUCAUUUGCUGUCCAGACUGGAGGAGCUGCUGCCCGUCCCUGACUUCAAACAGACUGCUCUGUUGAUCAGUGGUGCCCCAUCUGUCCUGGAGGACUUCAUGUGCAGUGUCUCCCAUGCAGAGGAUCUGAAGUCCCUGCUACAGAACCCACAGUGCCACGGGAAACUCAAGCUGCCCAAGAGCGCUCCUUCGCAGAUAGAGGACCAUCUCCUCUGCUCCUUAUCCCUUCCUCCCUCACUGAGAUUGGGCAAUGCCUCGCACCACAGCGCCAGCGAAUCCAAAGCCUUCCCUGACUGUGAGAACCCGCCCCUGCAGGUCAGAGAUAACCAGGGGACUAUGACUGACAAUUUGAGUGGCCAAUGGGCUGAGUCUAAAACAAGUAUAGAUCAAAACGUGAUCGGAACAGAUUCAGUAGAAAACCAAGGAGGUUCUCAACGAACGGACAACCAGAAGGACGUGAAGGAGAAAGAUGUGGAAAGACAAAGUGCAGGAAGGAAAGCAGUAGACACGGAGCACCAAUACUGUCUGAGCACCAAUACUGCUCCUCAAACUGCUGACCAAGACACGGCACCAUCAGCCAGCCAACAAGCUGCCUCAGCCUCCACCUCAGUCUCUGCCCAGGACACCACCUCAACAUCCACCUCGAGCACCCUGUCGUCCUCCUCCGGUGUGUCACCCGAGCAGCCGCGGCAGCGCGUGGCCCACAGGUGUCCCCAGUGCGGCCGUUGUUUCAUUUACCGCUAUAAGAUGCUGGAGCACCAGAGACUCCACACAGGGGAGAACCCUUACAAGUGUUCCCAGUGUGGUAAGACCUUCAGAAGGUCCUCGGAGAUGUCCACCCACCGCCGAACGCAGUGCUCCAACGCUGCCUAUGUCUGUAUUAAAUGCGGAACCAGUUUUGGGUCGGUCAGAGAGCGGGUCAGCCACAGGUGUUGUGGUAGCAAAGCGGCGGCGGCGCCAAAGUUUGAAUGUCCACAGUGUGGGAAGAACUUCAAGUGGCACAACUCGUUGAAGAAACACCUGGUAACCCACACCAGGAAGAAGGGCUUCAAUUGCAGGUACUGUGGUGAGGGGCCGUUCCCAGGUAUUGCUGAGCUGAGGACCCACCAGAAGGUCCAUGAUGGAGAAGAGAAGCCCUACAAGUGUGAACAGUGUGGAAAGGGCUUCAGCUCCCAGGGCUGGCUCCAUGGCCACGAGCAGCGCCACUCCCAAGAGAGGUCCAAGAUCUGCCCCAGCUGUGGAAAGGCCUUCCGGUGUAAAGGAGACCUGAAGCUCCACAUGCGGACUCACACUGGCGAGAGGCCGUACCAGUGUACCUACUGCACCAAGCGGUUCUCUGUGAACGGAAACCUGACGAUACACAUCAGGACUCACACAGGGGAGAAACCUUUCCUCUGCUCUGACUGCGGCAAGGCCUUCUGCUCAGCAGGAGAGCUGCAGAUCCACAGGAGAACACACACUGGGGAGAGACCGUACAAAUGCACCGUCUGUGAGAAAGGCUUCACCAUGGCUAGUCAGGUGACUCUUCACAUGCGGGUACACACGGGGGAACGACCCUACGUGUGUCAUGAGUGUGGAAAGGCAUUUCGUCGCGGUGCGGAGCUGAAGACACACAUCCUGAAUCACAGUGGGGUGAGACCGUACCCCUGUCGUCUCUGUUCCAAGACCUACACCUGCCUUAGUCACCUGAAGAGACAUUUGAAGACUCACGGGGACCAGUCGGUGGAUAUGAGCAGUGAGGUGUCUGUAUCUGCUGUAUAAUAAACCACUUGUGUUUUCUAUUCCUUUUAACACCGUGUUGUCAAUAUAAAAAGGUGCAUAUUUCAUUUUCUGACGGCUACUUAUAUUAAGAGGUAGACAACUCCGUAAGGAUCAUCGCCGUGUUUGCUUAUUGCUACUAUCAGGACUAAGACUGUUGCUUCUAGAACAAGACGAGUGUUGCUUCUAGAACAAGACGAGUGUUGCUUCUAGAACAAGACGAGUGUUGCUUCUAGAACAAGACGAGUGUUGCUUCUAGAACAAGACGAGUGUUGCUUCCAGAACAAGACGAGUGUUGCUUCCAGAACAAGACGAGUGUUGCUUCUAGAACAAGACGAGUGUUGCUUCCAGAACAAGACGAGUGUUGCUUCUAGAACAAGACGAGUGUUGCUUCUAGAACAAGACGAGUGUUGCUUCUAGAACAAGACGAGUGUUGCUUCUAGAACAAGACGAGUGUUGCUUCUAGAACAAGACGAGUGUUGCUUCUAGAACAAGACGAGUGUUGCUUCUAGAACAAGACGAGUGUUGCUUCUAGAACAAGACGAGUGUUGCUUCUAGAACAAGACGAGUGUUGCUUCUAGAACAAGACGAGUGUUGCUUCUAGAACAAGACGAGUGUUGCUUCUAGAACAAGACGAGUGUUGCUUCUAGAACAAGACGAGUGUUGCUUCCAGAACAAGACGAGUGUUGCUUCUAGAACAAGACGAGUGUUGCUUCCAGAACAAGACGAGUGUUGCUUCUAGAACAAGACGAGUGUUGCUUCUAGAACAAGACGAGUGUUGCUUCUAGAACCAGACGAGUGUUGCUUCUAGAACCAGACGAGUGUUGCUUCCAGAACAAGACGAGUGUUGCUUCCAGAACAAGACGAGUGUUGCUUCUAGAACAAGACGAGUGUUGCUUCUAGAACAAGACGAGUGUUGCUUCUAGAACAAGACGAGUGUUGCUUCUAGAACAAGACGAGUGUUGCUUCUAGAACAAGACGAGUGUUGCUUCUAGAACCAGACGAGACAUUUUUCUUUGUUGCAGUUCUAGGCGUUUUUAUAAUCAUUUUGAUCAUGUCUUAGAUUGAGGCUUUUGGAUAGUUGCAGUAGCUAGUGUUUCUGUUCAUCUCACGUGUUGGUUCUGUUUACUUAACAAAUAAGGAACACUCUCAAAAUGUGUGCACUUAUAAAUCAUAACAAUUUUAAUAAAAAAAUACAUCUGUAGACAGAAGUCAAAGAUCACACAAACAACUGAUGUCUCAUGAGUUCUGCCCCAUAGGAAAAGUCCAAGUUGCUUUUGUCAUGCUUGUAGUCAACCCCCUUGUGAUGUCACUGCAUACGUCAUUACCUGCUACUCAUCAGACCAAGCCCAUGCAUACACAGCAAAACAAACUUGCAAGAGAGAUACAAUAGUUCCAGUGUUUUCUAAGGCCUCAGCAGUAAAUGUCCCCAAGUUGAUUUAUAGAGGUCUGUCUGACUAGACUCUUAUCUCUUCUACUCCCCUGAAGAAGUUAUAAUGAAUAUAUAAAUAUUGUUAAUCUGUAGUCUAGGAUCCUAUAAAUGAAGAGGAGGUGGGGUCCAAUAGCCCCUCCCCUUCUAUUAAUGCAACAUAAGCAUAAUCAAUUAUUUUAAUAUAUCGAUCAUUUGGUGCAGCCGCUAUCAUGACCCCAAUUUGACCCCAUCACAUGCCAAAUUAAUCCAUGUCUGUUAAUCUCAGAUGCCAAGUUAAUCAGCAAUGGAAAGUGGUUUGUUGACGAAUGGAACUCGUUAGUUGUGAGGAGACACAUGAAGGUCCUUAAUUAGAGGGUAUGCAAUCAUGUUUGACCCUAUUUUUCCAAUAACCACAUUUUCUGCAGAAGAAAAUAACUCACUUAAACUCAAUUUCACACUGACUUGAUCUUUGGUCAAAAUGCAUUUUUACAAAGAAAGGACAUAUGAUUGUUUUGAAUAUGUUUAAUGAAAUGAAAAUAUUAAAUGAUUUCUUGACUAUUGGCA